CACGGGGUGCGGUGAUGAUGCACAGGAGUCACGCAUUUCUGCACGUAGAAAGCGGAGGGGCGGGGCCACGUCACGGCAUCCCGGCGUCACAGUUUUUCAUAGGUUGAUGGAGGGGACGGGAAAGAAAUAAUAAACACAAGUGCGUGAGGGUACGUGCGGUUCGCCUCGCAGCUCUCGGGUAAGAGAAGUGGAGAAGAGAAAAGGAGGGAGGCAGUGCUGCAGCACAGUGACGGGUUUCCUUUCAGACGACAGCUUUCAGCACCGGCGGGCGGGUCCUGCGAAGCCACAGCAACCACCACCUGAAGAUCUCUUCCCUGGAAAAAUCCUCCCGGUAGUUUGAGAAGAUGGCAGAAGAGCAGCCAAAGCAGGUGACAUGUUACCUCCUGUUCUCGCUGGGCACCGCCGUGAUCGGCUCUCUGCAGUUUGGUUACAACACAGGAGUCAUCAACGCUCCCGAGCAGCAACUACGCUCGUUCUUCAACGCUACCUGGGUGGAGCGUUAUGGCGUCCCCAUCAGCCCCGGGGUCUGCACCAUCGUGUGGAGUGUCGCUGUUGCCAUCUUCAGUGUGGGCGGCAUGGUGGGCUCUUUCAGCGUGGGAGUCAUGGCAAACAGAUUUGGCAGACGUCGCUCCAUGUUCCUGGUGAACAGUCUGGCCGUGAUCGGCGGCGUCCUCAUGGGCCUCGCCACCAUCUGCUCCUCCUAUGAGAUGGUGAUCGCCGGUCGCCUGGUCAUCGGCCUGUUCUGCGGCCUCUUCACCGGUUUGACCCCCAUGUACGUGGGCGAGGUGUCACCCACUCCCCUCAGAGGAGCCUUCGGUACUCUUCACCAGCUCGGGGUGGUGGUCGGCAUCCUGAUCGCUCAGAUCUUCGGUCUGGAGUUUCUGCUGGGCUCUGAGAAGCUGUGGCCCCUGCUGCUGGCCCUCACCGUGGUCCCCGCCGUGCUGCAGUGCAUCCUGCUGCCCUUCUGUCCCGAGAGCCCGCGCUUCCUGCUCAUCAACCUGAAACAGGAGGAGCAGGCGCGCAAAGCGUUGGUGCGUCUGCGCGGCAGUGAGGACGUGAGUAAAGACCUUCAGGAGAUGAAGGAGGAGAGCGCCAAGAUGGCCAUGGAGAAGAAGGUGACCAUCCCCGAGCUGUUCCGCUCGGCGGCGUACCGACAGCCCCUGCUCAUCGCCGUCAUGCUGCAGCUCUCCCAGCAGCUGUCAGGGAUCAACGCUGUGUUCUACUACUCCACCGGCAUCUUCACGUCUGCGGGGGUGAAACAGCCGAUCUACGCCACCAUCGGAGCCGGCAUCGUCAACGUCCUCUUCACGGUCGUCUCUCUCUUCCUGGUGGAGAAGGCGGGACGGAGGACUCUGCACCUGCUGGGAUUGGGCGGGAUGGCGGUCAGCGCUCUCCUCAUGACCAUCUCCCUCCUGCUGAAGGACUACUCCAUCAUGAGCUACUUUGCCAUCGUGGCGGUCAUGUUGUUUGUGGCCAUGUUUGAACUCGGUCCCGGUCCCAUCCCGUGGUUCAUCGUGGCCGAGCUGUUCUCCCAGGGGCCCCGCCCGGCCGCCAUGGCCGUGGCCGGCUGCUGCAACUGGACGGCCAACUUCCUGGUUGGAAUGAGCUUCCCCAAACUAGUGGAACUGUGCGGUCCCUGGGUCUUCCUCAUCUUCACCGCCUUCCUCAUCCUCUUUUUCAUCUUCACCUUCAUCAAAGUCCCCGAGACCAAGGGCAAGACCUUCGACGAGAUCGCCCAGUGCUUCGGCAGCGCCCCGCCUCCCUCCUCCUCGUCUGUGGAGGACCCCCCUGCCAGCGCCAGCACCGCCAUGACGCUCCCCGCCUCCCCGGUGAAGGAGAAGGUGCCGCUGGUGGAGGCGCCGGUGGCUGCUCCGCCUCCUGCGGCAGCUGAGCGCACGCCGCUCGAUGAUAAAUCACACUCGGCGGUGCAGGAGAGUCUGUAGAGCAGCUCGAUGGUGUACACUGUAGUCAACUAUCACACCUUGGAACAGUAGAAACUUUUAUAAUAGACCAGAUCUACAGCGUUACCUAGGCGAUAGGCUCUGACCUCUAAAGGUCGUGCUUCUUUCUGCGAUAACUCCUUAGACGUUUCCUACAAAACUUUCCUUUUCCCUUCCUAAACCAUGAAAGGGAAGCGGCUCACUACAAAAACCACAGCGUAGAUAAACUCCACAUUCCUCUGAGAUAAGCUAACCGACAGGCGUCCGUUAAAGGUCAAGGUUCAUCACUGCAAUGUGUCGCCUUUGUGCAGGUGAAACAGCUGUUUCCAGAUGUGUUCAAGUCACUUUUGAGUUCUUUUUUUAAUUCCGUGUUCCCUGUAGUCGUGGAUAUUUUAGUGCGAUAUAGCUUUGUAGACGUAGUUUUCACUUUGUGAUAUUUACUUAUUCACUGUUUUUGAAGCGGUCUCUGAUCACAGGUAGAAGAAGGGAACACUCAGCCCUCAGCGGGUGAUUCAAGCUUUUGUUUUUGUUUUUAAAUGCCAAAGUAUCCGACUUUGAUUUCCACCCGGUGGACACGUGUUAGCCUCAAGCGUGUUAGCCUCAAACGUGUUAGCCUGAAACGUCACUUUUGGUGGUUUAAAUCAGGGUGGGACUGGGCAGCAGGAUCGACGUGUUGAGGUGGUUAAAGCUGUAAUCCACAAGAUGAGUCGAGCUGUUAUUGACCCCCCAAUAUCUACAUACUCUGUGCACGCCGCGGUCCAUUAGCGCCGUGCACUACGCUGUAGCAGCAGCUAGGGUUAGCUAGGCUCUGUUUCAAAUACGCUGCAGGUUUAUAGUGGCGCUGAGGGACUGCGACCUGCACAGGGUUAUUUUUACGGGAGAACCAGAUUCUCUCUUUUAACUGAUUAUGAGAGAAUUCAGUCAGAAAAAAAACAUUCAUGAACUUUUAAGUGGUUUAUUUUUAAUUCUAAUAUAACGGCUGACGGCUAUGUUAGCUAAGCUAGCUUAUCGUUAGCUUCAAAGCCUCGUCUUCUCCUUUUUAAAAUUAGAUCUAAAACAUGUUCUUUCUGCGCGUCUGUGAGCGUCUCUGUGUUUGGAAACGUUUGCAGAAUCUGAAAUGACCUGCUGCCCAAAAACACGUCGACUAAAUUACGUAACACGCGUGGAGGAAUACUUUAGGGUAACGUGCAAUGUAUAUUAUUUUGUUAAAGAGAAAUCUCAGAGUAUUUAUUGUAGAAGUUGAUUUUUGUAUAAAGUAAAUAACUCUAUGACAUUAAAGGGAAUUAAGAAUCGUAACGCUUUCCAGCCCAGCCUCAGAUUUAUAAUAUACUCUGGAGUCUGCGGCGAUCUCCCCGGGUUAGGGUCAGGGGUCAACCCUGACCCCUGACCCCUGAGCUGACUUUAGUAUUAAUCUCUCUAUUCAGACGCUCUUUGUUCACCAGGUAAAUUGAUGACGGGCCAAUCACGAUGAGGGGGCGUUUCAGCACAGCAGCGCUUUAUGUCCAACUAUCAGAUUAAAAAGUUUAAAAUCAAGAUUUCCCCCCCGGCCCAUCGUGUGCACGCGGCCUCGCUGUCAUUAGAGUAGAUGAGAUUAAUCAAAAAUGUGCAAUCAAUUGAAAGAAACCUGAAGAGAAGGCGACUAAAGGGGAAGUGCUAAUAGAGUGAACGACGACGGGUAAACAAGAAAAGAGAAACCAGCUGAUUGUGAUUCAGAGCAAGAACUCGUCCGACUUGAAGUGUUGUUAUUGUUUAUCUUCACAAACACAGAAACUGAGACUCUAGAGCGCUGAUGUCUUUGGAGUGGGGGACGAGUGUGUGAUUUAGGACAUAACGUUUGUCUGACGGCUAUGUUAGCUAAGCUAGUGUUUCUGCUUUUAUCCGUCAGGUCUAAACGUCGCCAUGUUGUGUCGCUCUGUGUGAAAGUGUAGCCUCGUGUAGCAUCGUCCACUCGUACACACUGUUUGUAUAACAGUCACUCGACACCAUGUUGUUGGAUGCUUCAGUGUGUGACUCAAAGUAUAUUUUCUGUAUUGACUGCAUGAAUUCCUGUAAAAGAAGCGCAGUGAUUCAUGCUGCACUUUAACGUCCUCUCGAUUUCUUUUUGAUUUAUUUCUGUACACUGGAACAUCGUUUCUCUUGUGAAGAAGCUCGAAUGAAAUGUUCAAACUAAGAUUCCUGCAAUGUUUAUUUUCCUUUUUUGAUUUUUGUUUGAGAAAAUUCAGCUCGUUCAGACGAGUAUUUCUUACAGUGGUGAGGAAAGGUUGAGGUCGGAGUCACAGCUUUGUUGUGUAUCGCUGUGUUUGUGGAUGAUAGUGUCGUGCUGUGUUUGAACUGACUGGCCCAGUGUGUGUGUGUGUGUGUGUGUGUGUGUGUGUGUGUGUGUGUGUGUGUGUGUGUGUGUGUGCGCGCGCCUUUCAUGGUAAAGUGUUCAGUGUUGUGUUCAUGCUCUCCUGCAGGCUCCUGUGAUGACUCCUACACACCGCUCCCUCACUAACUCUGCACUAACACUGAACCCGACCAAACCGGAGUCUGAGAAUAUGAGUUUUAAAAUGCUUCCUCGUACUCCGCUCGCCCACUCCAGCUUUCACUUUGUGAUUUGAAAUGACCUCCGCACACUUUUCUGAGCGGCUAAAGUGAGGACAUGAAAUGGGAACAUUUAAGAUUUCAAUUUAAAAAGCAUUGAAGGAAAGCCUAAAAAUGACUCUUAACUAAGCGGCUUCUCUUUUGGCCUUUCAAAAUAAAAGCCAAGUUCAGUGCACAGCUCUGUCGCUGAAGCCCGAGUGCGAUCACACCUGCAACUUCUCGUUUCCUCUGAUUCACGCUGCUCAUGUAGAAAAACUUUAAAAAUUAAACUUUAAACUACAGCAGCCGCCCAAAAUGUGCAAAUUCUGCAAUGACAGUAGGAAACCUCCCUAAAGGGG